AGAGUGUUGCCUCUCACAUGCCCCCAACUGGGGACCUGGCUGGGAGGUGAAACCGAGAACUUUUGGUUCUCAGGCCAGCGCUUAAUCCACUGAACCACACCAGCCAGGGCAUAAAGUGUGUUUUUUAAAGAACAAUAUUAAGUACAUAAUAAGACUGAACUUUGGGUGACUGCCGGGAACCGAACUUCUGCAACAACAAAUAUGUCUGGAAGGCUGUGGUCCAAGGCCAUUUUUGCUGGCUAUAAACGGGGUCUCCGGAACCAGAGGGAGCACACAGCUCUUCUUAAAAUCGAAGGUGUUUAUGCUCGAGAUGAAACUGAGUUCUGUCUAGGCAAGAGAUGUGCUUAUGUGUACAAAGCUAAGAACAACACAGUGACUCCUGGUGGCAAACUGAACAAAGCCAGAGUAAUCUGGGGAAAGGAAACUCGUGCUCAUGGAAACAGUGGCAUGGUUCGUGCUAAAUUCCGAAGCAACCUUCCUGCUAAGGCCAUUGGACACAGAAUCUGUGUAAUGCUGUACCCCUCCAGGAUUUAAACUUACUGAUAAAUAAUAACCCUCACUGUGUGGCUCGAUUGGGGGCCCUCUGGCAAAGCGAAGGAUUCCAGGUUGGGGGACAUGGUUGGGUUGCAGGUUCAGUCCCUGGUCAAGAUGCAAAGGAUAGCCAACUAAUGAAUGUUUCACUCACACAUCUAUGGUUCUCAUCUUUUUCUCCCUCUCCCCUCUCAAAUAAGUAAAUAAAAUCUAUUUUAAAGAGUAAAAAAAAAAAGAACAAUAUUAAGUACAUAAUAUGACAUGAGCGGCAUGGGAAAAAUUAAGAUGAAUUAAAGUUGGAAAUACUGUUUUUUGCUUCCUUUGCUCUACUUGCAACUGGUAGGAUGCAAUUUGUGUUCUUAACCAAUAGGUGGCUACCCAGGCUUAUUUUUACAGUUGUAGCUUGGAGGUUCAAGGGCACAGAUGGCAAUUGUGCCAGAAAUCUUACUUGCAGAUAUUUGGUCCUGUUAACAUACAUGAAGGGCUGCCAUUUUACAAAGUGUUUUCACACACAGCCCUCCUGUGGUUCCACAGCAACUCCUAAGGAUACAAACAAGAUGGGGACUGUUAGUAAGUCCCAUUUUACAAGAAGGGAAAAGAUGCAUUUGAACUUCAGUAAGCCUGGCUCUCCAGCUCACUUUGUUGACUUCUUAAUUGUGAAUACUUAGUGGUGACGUUAUGGUUCAUAUUCUACAGGAUUUGAGCCAAUUGGGAGGAAUUAUUUAUUUAUUUUAAAGAUUUUAUUUAUUUUUAGAGGGGAUGGGAGGGAGAAACAGAAGGAAACAUCAGUGUGUGGUUGCCUCUCAAAUGCCCCUUACUGGGGACCUGGCUGGCAACCCAGGCAUGUGCCUGCAACCAACAACCCUUUGGUUCACAGGCCUGGGCUCAAUCCACUGUGCCACACCAGCCAUGUGGAAGGAAGAAUUUAAACACCUUUAGAGUGUUACUGAAUCAUAAAUCCCGGGGAAGAUAGGUCACUGGUGGUUUGGGCAGUUUAACAAAAUCUGUUCUGGCCCUGGCUGGUGUGGCUCAGUAGAUUGAGUGACAGCCUACAAAACAAAGGGUGGCCGGUUCGAUUCCCAGUCAGGACACAUAUCUGGGUUGUGGGCCAGGUUCCCAGUUUGGGGCACUGAGAGGCAACCAAACAUUGAUGUUUCUCUCCUCUUCCUGCCUUUAAAAAAAAAGAAAAGAAAAUCUAUUCUGAAGUAGUGUUGAAAUGCUGACUGAGCUUUGCUUUCCAGUUUUGACAGCCAGAGCAGAGUGAAGCACGAUGAAGAGCCUCCUGUGGCUGGAACAGUAUGAAAGCAGCCAAUCUCUGCUCCCACGCCUGGUGUUACAGGGGAUAAUAAUUGGGUGCCGCUUCCCCUGCCUCUUUCAUCUGCAGAGUUCAAAGCACCUCACUCCUGUUAACACCCUAUAUAGUAGGUGGGAAGUAUCAACAGAGCAAACUAGGGAAACUGAGGCCAGGAGGCCCAGCCUGGGGCUGGCCAUGAGUCAUCUAUGGGGCCUGGAGCCCAGGAAUCCUGAUGCCCCAGCUGCUGGGCAAAUUACUCGUCAGGGAAUAAGGAUGGGUGCUAUGUUUUUGAAAAUAGUACCAAUAGCUGUGGUCAAGGCUUUUGAUGUCUACGCCAUCAUAGAUGUCACCAAAGCAAACCAGUUGGAAAGAAGUGUCAUUUAGAACUGUAUAAGCUCAUAUCCAAGCACUGUUCUUUCAUUUAUUCUUUGCAGUCAUUCAUUCUUUUAAUGCAGUCAAGGGCAUUCAUUCUUUGCAGUCAUGGAGUAGAGAAGGAUGGAAUAGUCCAAAACAUUAUGUUCAAGCAUUUGUGUGACAGCAAGGAUGCUUUCUCCAGUAAAUGUAUUUUUCUCCUCUACCCACUGGUCGCAGAAUGAAGAUUGUGUUGGCUACUGGAUGGCACAAUGCAGACAAGAUUGGAUGUCUGGGCUCCAGGUGAGGUCUGUUCAGCAAUGUGAAAUAUGUGGAGUGGAAGAAAGCCCAUCUUCCAGUAUGGCGGGGAUAUAGCAACUGUCCUUAAGAUUUCUCAAUUUUUAUUGAUUUUUAAAAUAUUUUAUUUUUUACUUUUAGAGGGGAAGGGAGAGGGAGAGAAACAUCAAUGUGUGGUUGCCUCUCAUGUGCCCCUUACUGGGGACCUGGCCUGCAACCCAGGCAUGUGCCCCGGCCGGGAAUCAAACCAGCAACCCUUUGCUUCAUAGGCCAGUGCUCAAACCAUCGAACCAUGCCAGCCAGGGCAGAUUUCUUAAUUUUUCAAAAAUUUCCUGGUAAAAAUAGCAAAAUAAAAAACUUGGAAAAUAAAAAGAAAAUUAGACCCAUAAUCUUGUAACAAAACUAUAAUUUAUAAUAAAUUUUAUAUUUAAAUGUAUAUUGUGUAUAUACUUUUCUAUACCUGUAGAGGGAUAGUUACAGCAUUCAUAUAAGAGAUACAAUUGCUUUGUAACUUGCUUUUUAUAGUUGAUGUAAUUAAAAAUAUAAAAGCCUUUUUUGUUUACAUGAUAAUAUUCUGUGGUAUGGCUAAAAUGUUGUUUACCUAUUCAGAUUCCUAUAGUUAGCCUAUAAGUCAUCACUGUUUUUUUGCUAU